AUGGCUCUAACUGAUUAUUUCAAUGCUUCCUUGCUGAAUGGCUUUAACUCUUCUACUAAAUUACUUUGGUAUAUUGCGGGUUGUAACUUACUGUGGUGCAUUUGGUAUGAGCGAAAUCGGUUGAGGCACAAUACAGGGAUUUUUUCCCCUAAUCGAUUCAAAGUACUUUUCUUUAAUACCCUCAAAGACUCGGCCAGCCUGGCUUUCAAGCAUGCAAGCUCAACUGCUAACAACCGUCCUAUUUUCAAGCUUCUGGGCUUAUCACCCUUGCGAGCGAGUGCCCCUAGGUUUAUCCCUGUUGCCUGGAAGCCCCCUGACUCUCCCUGGGUGAAAGCUAAUACGGAUGGGUCCUUCCGAAACUUAAACCAAGCGGCUUCAGGAGGAGUCUUCCGGGAUCACUGUAUGGUUUUUUUAGGUGCUUUCUCAAAAAAAGUGAAUGCUCUUUCUGCUAUUGAUGCUGAGGUCUAUGCUUUCUUAGAAGCCUUGACAAUUGCAUGGAGUAAGGGUUGGAAUUAUCUAUGGCUGGAAACAGAUUCUAUGCUCGUUGUUCACUAUUUCAAAAAGCCGUGUUUGAUUCCUUGGCGCUUACGGACUCUUUGGCAAAAUGGAUUGCACCUGGCUAGUCAAAUGAAUGUUCAAGUGUCUCAUGUUUACCGUGAGGGGAACGCGGCUGCAGAUGCACUGGCUAAUUAUGGAGCAGAUCAUGUUGGUAAUUUUUGGUGGGAUGAGGCUCCCCAAUUCCUAUUGCAGUCUCUUAGCUUUGAUGCUUCUUCAAGAUCUUCUUACCGUCAAACAUGA